AAUCACUCCACUGGUUCAUUCAUUCGUGUAUCCUUUUGUAACACCCCCUCAAAAAAUGUAAAUCACAGCUCAUAUAUGAUACCAAUUCAGCUCAAACGUGCCCGGAAUGAGUCGAUGAUGGAUUAUCAUCCAUAGCGUUGAUCCAAAAAAAAAAAAAAAACACAACUCAGUUGAGUUUGAUUGAUUCUGUCGAAAAAUUUUCGUGAUUCUAUAUGUGUCUGAUUGUUGAAAUCAUCGGUAAUCUAAAGUGGGUUUUAUCUGGAUUUAUGUUUUUUUUAUUGCAGAUCUUCAAAUCGAGUUUGAUUGAUUUUGCAAUUACUGCGUUUGUUCCAUCAUGUUAGAGACUCCGAACUAUCUCGUCUCAAGAGACUUACCAUCUUCAUGUGCGGAAGAGAUCAAGUCGAUAUAUAACGCACACUACAUGCUUCAGCUUUACUUGAAGAAGCGCUUGUUAGACAAUGAUGAUACUCAUGGUCAGCAAGGUGGUGGUGAUCAGCAGAGUUCACCAGUAACAUUACUCGACCAAAACGCGCUUCUCAACUGCUUAGCUCACUGCUCCUUAUCAGAUUUCAAAUCCAUCGCCUCAACGAGCAAAACCUUCCGCUCGCUCAUCAAGGACAGCGAGCUGUACAGGCUGAGACGAGCGAAGGGCAUCGUGGAGCAUUGGAUCUACUUCUCCUGCAGGCUCCUUGAAUGGGAAGCAUAUGAUCCAAACGGAGACAGAUGGCUACGUGUACCCAAAAUGACGUUCAACGAAUGUUUCAUGUGUUCUGACAAAGAAUCUCUCGCUGUCGGCACAGAGCUUCUCGUCUUCGGUAAAGAGAUUACGUCUCAUGUGAUAUACAAGUACAGCAUCUUGACCAACACGUGGACGUCUGGGAUGCAGAUGAACACUCCUAGGUGCUUGUUUGGAUCAGCGAGUCUAGGCGAGGUGGCGGUUAUAGCCGGAGGAUGUGACCCGAGUGGGAGGAUACUGAGCUCCGCGGAGGUUUAUAACUCGGAGACAGGGGAGUGGACUGUCAUACCGAGCAUGAACAAGGCGAGGAAGAUGUGUUCGAGCGUGUUCAUGGACGGGAACUAUUACGUUAUUGGAGGGAUCGGAGAGGGAAACUCUGAGAUGCUUAUGUGUGGUGAAGUGUAUGAUUUAAAGAAGAUGACGUGGAGUUUGAUACCUAAUAUGUUACCGGAGAGAAGCAACGGAGGAGGAGGAGGAGGAGGAGGUCAGGGAAAGGAGACUUCCUCCUCCUCCGCAAUGGCGGCUUCAGCUGCGCCGCCGCUUGUAGCGGUUGUGAAAGAUGAGCUUUAUGCUGCGAGCUAUGAGCAGCAGGAGGUGAGGAGAUAUGAUAAAGGGUGUAACGUGUGGAAUAAAGUUGGGAACUUGCCGGAGAGAGCUUCUUCGAUGAACGGUUGGGGGAUGGCGUUUAGGGCUUGUGGGGAUAAGUUGGUGGUGGUUGGAGGGCCUAGGACACUGGGAGGAGGGUUUGUAGAGAUCAAUGCUUGUGUCCCAAGGGAUGGUGAGUCUCUAUAUUGGAGAGUUCUUGCUUCAAAGCCAUCAGGAAGCUUUGUGUAUAAUUGUGCAGUUAUGGGAUGUUGAUGAAGACUUGAGAGCCAAGCUAUUG